GAAACCGCAGCGACCUGGUGCUGGAGGAACGGAAUUGGGUCCAGAGGGAAGUUGACAGACCGAUGCGGUGGGAGUUGGUUAAAGGGGUAACUGGCUCUCGGAAGAAAUGGAUCAACGGGGGCACUGAUCCAAGACUUGGGUGCCGAGGAGAAACUGAGUGGCUGAUUGCUUGCUUGGGUCGUUAAUGCUAACGAGCAAUCGAUCGGCCCCCUGCCCCGGGGUAAUGGAUCGACUGGUGGGAGAAGCAGGCCUCAGGGGAAAUUGAUUGGCCGGUGGCCACAGGUCAGGAAGAGAGAAGGGGGGAGAAAUUGAGCCGAGAUCUGGGGCUGGAGACGCUCUUGGUCGGAUAAUCGGGGCUUGCCGGGAAGCAGGACCGAUUGGCGGAGGGGUGCCCCACCCCCGGGCGAUAUUGACCGGAAGAUGGAAUUGAUCAGCUGACUGGAGAGUCGGUGCCCAGGGCGUGACACUGAUCAGAGGAAAGUGACUCAUUGACUGGGAAAUUGGUCGGGUUCAGGGAGAACAGGGGGUCAGGAGGGCUUGGCCGGGUGGGUGAUUUGCCCGGGGGUCCAUUGAAAUUGAUCCGAAAAACUGACUGUGGCCAGCUGAUCGGGAGUCACUGAUCGGCCGGUGAGAGGGGAGACCCGCCGGCCCAUCGGAGACCCCUGCGGGGAGACGACUGAGCCGAGUUUCUCUCGCCCUCCGCGGGGAUCGGUCGGUCUCUGCGCCUGGCGUGGGGAUUGCCCUGACUGGGGCAGGGGCAAGCUCCCAGCCAUGGCGGGUCCCUCCUCCUUCGGCAGAUACACCCACGCCAUCGUCCGCAGCGUCCCGGACUCGCUGGCCGCCCAGCUGGACGGGGACGGGGCGGAGCCGGUGGACCUGGCCAAGGCGCACCGGCAGUACGGGGUCUACACCGGCAUCCUGCGGCAGAAGCUGGGGCUGCAGGUGAUCGAGCUGGCGGCGGACGAGGGGCUGCCCUGCUCGGUGCUGGUGGAGGACGCGGCCGUGAUACAGGGCGAUACGGCGCUCGUCGCCCGGCCCUGGGAGCCGGCGCGGCGCGGAGAGAUCAGCAGCAUCAAGAGGGUCCUGGAGGAACUGAAGAUGCGGGUGGUGGAGGUGACGGACGAUGGGGCGACCUUGGACGGCAGCGACGUGCUGUUCACAGGUCGAGAGUUCUUUGUGGGCAUCUCCAAAUGGACCAAUCACCGAGGGGCGGAGGCGGUGGCGGAUGCUUUUCGGGAUUUUGCUGUCUCCACGGUCCCCGUGACGGGCUCCUCCCAUCUGAAGAGUUUCUGUAGCAUGGCUGGGCCAGACACAAUCGCCAUCGGAAGCAGUGAGGCUGCCAAGAAAGCCAUGAGGAGCAUGGAGCAGCUGACCGAUCACCACUACGACACGCUGACGGUGCCGGACGACCCCGCCGGGAACUGCGUUUACGUGCGCCUGGGGCCCAAGGGCAGCGCCCUGCUCCACCGCAGCCCCGAGGAGUUUCCCAACAGCCUGCAGCCAUUCCAGAAGCUGCCCGACCUCACCCUGAUCCCUGCCGCCUGCAGCGAGGUGGCCAAGCUGGGGGGGACCCUCAGCUCCUGCUCCCUUCUCAUCAACAAGAAGCUCGACCGCUAGUGCCUCCGGCCCCCCCAGCUACGGGGGGGAGCCUCUGACCCCCCCAUCCUACCCAGCCCAUGCCCUGUACCCCCAAACCUCAGGGUGCCCCUGAACUUGCCCAUCUGGGAAGUGAUCACCCUUCCCCCUAUUGCCUCCCCCACCUGCCUGGAAAGUGGGGGUCCCCCAAGCCCCCAGAAGCCUCCCCUGAGACCCAGCCUGGGGGGCAUAUUUGGAACCUACCACAUCAUGUGGACCCUGAAAAUAAUGGGGUCCUGCCUUCUUGGGAGGUGGAGAGCAGGGGGUCUCCAUUAGCAGGAGAGGGUGGAAGCCCAUUGGAUGGGGCCCCCCAAAUUGUUGGGGGUCCCUUUGUUCCUUCUCCAGGAGCAACGGCGGGUGGGACCCAUCUAUACUUAGUGGGUGGCCUGGGGAGGGAGGUGUUACAUCCCCAUAUGGGGGUUUGGGGAACCCAGCUAUGUCCCGCUGGGAUAGUGGAGGGUUUGGGGGACCCUGAUUUAUCAUGCCAUGGGGGGGGGUAGGUGUAGGGGACACCGGCAUGUUAUACCAUGCAAUGGGACCCCAAUAUUGAAGCCACGGCAUUGGAGAAGCCCCGAUACCUGAGAGCCCUGAAUUAGGGGGGACCUUUCACUGUGGGUAGGAUCUUCCAGCCCCCCUCCGCCAUUCAUCCACUAAUCUAUGGUGCUGGUGUUUUGGGGGUAACCCCUCUCACCCCCUUGAAACACAACGCUCUCCCCACUGCCACACCCCAAUAGCACCACCCCUUCCCCCGUUAGCUGUAGCAACUGUGGGUCCUUGGGGCUGAUGGUUGGUGUCAGCAGUGGGAUACCAGGCUGGCUAGGCCUGCUGUGGGGCAGCUGGGGAUCCCAGACCUCUAGCUAUGUAAGGGUGACUGCCCCCCAAAGACAGGGGUGCCUUGUGUGUGUUAGAGUAGUUAGGGGGGCUCCUAGGAGCCCCUGGUGAUGUGGAGUAGGAGCGCCCCCUAGGGCAGAGCCAGGGUGUUGAUCCAGAGGGAGGGGGUGUUUAGCUUCUCACUGCCUCUGAGAUCUUUGACACAAUAAAGAAUUGAACCAAUUUA